AAACGAGGGCUAGAAAAGGGUCAUGCAGCUGUCAUCCCACCCCGGAACCCUCUCGUCCAGCGCACGGCCGCCCCCUUCCCUCCCCUCCCAGUUGUGAUAUCCUUCCCCUCCCCCAUCUCUUCCGAGGCGCAGCGGCUGGGUUAUGGAAGAGCAGCUUUCCACCCGGAUCGAGCGAUUAAGAGAGAUAGCCGGGAGGUGUUUGUGCAAGAGAGCCUUCCGGAUCGGACCAAACCGGCCCGGCCAAAACCAGUGCUAGGCUGACCGCGGACGGACCAAUCGGGUAAAGUCUCCUGCAGAGUCCAGGUUAGCUCAGCUAUCCGUGUAAUAGUUUGAUCCCAGCAAUAUUUGGGUCCUCCCCAAGACCCAAACAGCGAGGAGAAGCGGAGGAACGAGGGUCGACUCGGCUGCGCGUUCGCGGGUUGCGUCCUAGCAAGCUACAGUUGGAAGAGAUGGCGGCGACGGCGGCGGCAUCGUCGUCGUCCCCGGCUGGCGGCGCCUCGUCGCCGACCCAGGCGCCGGGUGGAGGUGGAGGAGGAGGAGGCGGCGGCGUGCCGUACCACCGGUCGCGGUUCGGCGACACCACGCUGACCAAGGUGUUCGUUGGCGGGCUGGCCUGGGAGACGCCGUCCGCGGGGCUGCACGACCACUUUCGGGAGUACGGCGAGAUACUCGAGGCGGUCGUCAUCACCGAUCGCGAGACGGGCCGAUCCAAGGGCUACGGAUUCGUGACGUUCCGGGACCCGGAGUCGGCGCAGCAGGCGGUGCAGAACCCGAACCCGAUGAUCGCCGGCCGGCGCGCCAACUGCAACAUUGCGUCUAUGGGCCCGCCGCGGCCGUCGCCGCAGAGAGGGCGGGCCCCGCGCGGGCCGGAUCAGCAGCACUCGGGCCCAGAGCCAUACAUGGGCGGCAGGAUGCACCACCAGCAGCAGCAGAUGCCCACCCCGCCUCACGCCAUGUUCUACAACCCUUCACCGUACGGGUACUGGUACCCACCUGAUUAUCAAUACCAGCAGGCCUUUUACAAUCAAAUGCAGCAAUACUACUCUCAGCAGUAUGGCCAAACAUCCCCUUCAACAUCACCAUACCCAUACAUGGGGUACAUGACAAGUGGCCAGAAUCCAAGGGCCGGCUUCUCGCCAUUGCAGCAGCAAGCUGCGCGGCCGCCGUUCUUUCAGCAGCCGGCCGAGGGUUCUUUCCAGGCAGCGCCUUCGCUCCCUCCUAAUUUCAGACUCCAGUUGCCCCCUCGUGCAAUCUCAAGGCAGUCUGAUGAUGUAUCCGGCUCACAACCAACUCAGACAGUACCGGAGGCUGAGGCUACAAACACAGAUAACCAAGAAGCGUCAGCGCCUGUUGAAAGAUCAAAUUCAGAGGAAAACACCUCCAACUGACUCGCUGAACUGAAAACUCCGCCAAAAUGAUUUGAUGCCGAUCUGGACUGGACUAUUAGUGGUUCGCAAAGGAGUACCAAAAUACUCGUUUCUUGACUGGGAAAAAAAAUAGCAUCCAAAUAUUUGUUCUUUCAUUGUUUCUGAUUCUUUUCCUAUUUCUGCACUGCAUUUAUUUGGUGAACCCAUUGUACUGCGAAACUGAAUUUCACGCCAGAAAAUGGAAUUCGCCAGAAUAAGUCCCGGAGGCA